GCCUUCCCCUUCCUCCAGCCACCGAUCCAGACGCCCCAAUCGAGCUGAGCAGACAGUAAUCACACCACAGUCUCACACACCGCCAUUGCCCGCGGCGGCGGCGCCAGCAGCAGCAGCAGCGCGAUGGGAGUGGAGUCGGAGUGCGACAGGAUAAAGGGCCCCUGGAGCCCCGAGGAGGACGAGGCGCUGCGGCGGCUCGUGGAGCGGCACGGCGCGCGGAACUGGACGGCGAUCGGGCGGGGCAUCCCCGGCCGGUCGGGCAAGUCGUGCCGGCUGCGGUGGUGCAACCAGCUGUCGCCGCAGGUGGAGCGGCGGCCCUUCACGCCCGAGGAGGACGCCGCGAUCCUGGCGGCGCACGCGCGGCUCGGCAACCGGUGGGCGGCCAUCGCGCGCCUGCUCCCCGGCCGCACCGACAACGCCGUGAAGAACCACUGGAACUCGUCGCUCAAGCGGAAGCUCGCCACCGCGGCGGCGCCGGAGGCCGCCGACGCGGAGCGGCCGUGCAAGCGCGCGAGCCCCGGGCCGGGGAGCCCGACGGGGUCGGAGCGCAGCGAGCUCAGCUACAGCUCCGGCGGCGGCGGCGGCGCGCAGGUGUUCCGCCCCGUCCCGCGCGCGGGCGUGUUCGACGCCAUCGGCGCCGCGGACGCGCGCCCUCCGCCGCCGCGGGACGAGGACCCGCUCACCUCGCUCUCCCUCUCGCUGCCGGGGCUGGACCAGGCGUCCUCGGGGUUCCGCCACGACAGCGCCCGGAGCCACUUCCAGGAGCUCCCCGCCUCGCGCUCCCCGUCCCCUCCCUCGCCGCCCUCGUCGGCGUCGUCCUCCUCCACCGGCCCCCCCUACCCGUUCAGCGGCGAGCUGGUGGCGGCGAUGCAGGAGAUGAUCCGCGCGGAGGUGCGCAAGUACAUGUCCGGCGCGGGGCUUCGCGCCGGGUGCGGCGCCGGGGGCGUGGGCGAGGCGUGCAUGCCGCAGCUCGUGGAGGGCGUGAUGCGCGCCGCCGCAGAGCGCGUCGGCGCCGUCGUCGUCACCCGGCCGUAGGGAACGGAGACCAAAUCAGAUCGAGACAAUGCGAAGCAUUGUGUUAAUUAAGAUCCGAUCCUGUGUAGCGCCGCAGUACUUCUAGUAUUAGACUACUACUACUAGUCGUCGUCGUUCUCUGGCCUCUCAUGGCCGCUGUAUUUAGGAGGAGGAGCUCGAUGUUUAUUCUUCGGCGGCCGGCCGCUCUGAAUUUCAGAAGGAAGGAAACAGAGUGGCGGCGAAGCCGGAAGGGGAAAUGGAAGAGGAGGUUGCCAAUAAUCGAGCCUGCCUUUUGCCCAUUUCUGCACUUGGAAUGUGGUCA